AUGGUCGACUCCGCCGACGAGCCUCCGCUGUCAAGUCGUCUAAUCUCAUGGGCUAAGAGCAAGACUCCUUCAGCGCUAUCCUCCCCUACUCCCCAGCGAGAUUUCCCCAAUCCCCCGGACCAAUCUACUUUCGCACGACACCGUCCAGACACCCGCCGACAAGAUGCUGGGAGUAGCCCCUCUGCAGCCGGUCCUGCAACAACCACAGACCACUCCGCUGAUGGGCGAACGGAUAGAGAGCAACACAAUGCAUCGAUUGUGGACGAGAAAAGAGAUGGAACGCAAUCUGCCACCCUAGGAAAUCCGCCUCCCAAGGACAAAGCGCCCUUGGUCAACCGUUUCUUCCGCGAUGUCAAGCGCAUCCUCUUCUCCAGCUGGGUCAAUUGGCUCCUUGUCUUUGUCCCGGUUGGCAUUAUACUGGGGAUCAUUGUCGACUGGAUGCACAGCGAUGUUGUAAGCCCUAGCGCUGUAUUCGCCAUCAACGCAGUCGCCAUUAUUCCUCUAGCUUCCCUGCUGUCAUACGCAACCGAGAGUGUUGCCAUCAAGUUGGGCGAUACCAUUGGUGCUCUUCUGAAUGUCACCUUUGGGAAUGCCGUCGAGUUGAUCAUUUUCAUCAUUGCUCUUGUAGCAAAAGAAGUGCGCGUGGUCCAGGCCGCCGCUCUCGGUUCGAUCUUGUCCAACCUGCUUUUGAUCUUGGGCAUGUGUUUCGUCGCUGGUGGUCUUCGAUUUCGAGAACAACUCUACAAUUCUACCGUGUCGCAGAUGAGCGCGUGCUUGUUGUGCCUGAGCGUCAUCAGCCUCCUCUUGCCGACCGCUUUUCAUGCCUCGUUUUCGAGCACUGCGAGAGCGGACCACGUGGUACUGAAGGUCUCGCGAGGCACCAGCGUGGUGCUCUUGUUGGUCUACUUACUAUACCUACUGUUCUCGUUGAAAUCCCAUUCUUUCAUGUACCAGAGCACCCCUCAACAUCUCAUUGACGAGGAGUCGCAUCCGGGAGUCCUUGCCGAUAUUCUCAACUCGUCCAGCUCUUCCAGUGACUCAUCAAGCUCCAGUGAUGGCGACUCGGACUCUAGUUCUAAUUCCAACACGACUACUAAACGCAUCAAACGAGCUCUUCGUCGCAAGCGGCGCAAGUCCACUUCGAGCACCAAGGAAAAUGUGUCUGUUGUGACAUUCACCAGAAGUUCUUCCAUGCUGACUGGACCUGGCGGCUCGAUGAUCCAGGCUACCUCUCUCACUUCGGCCGAGCUAGAACCUGUUUUUAGCGGUGAUGAGGCCGAUGUGGACGGAGAAGGAAGGACUGCUCGUCAUCACUCUCGUUCACAUACCGUCCACGCUCGCGACUUUGAAGGCGCCACGCAGACCGAUCAGACAUCCGAAAAAUCCCGGAGACGCCACCGCAGAUCGAAGAAGUCCAAGCAUGUCAAGAAGGACAAGGACAAGGGAAAGUCUAAAGAAUCAGAAAAGGAAAAGGAACCUAUCAUAGAGACGGCGACCCCAGAGAUCUGUCUGUCGACCACGGACUCGGCACAACCACAGGUUGGAUUUGCAUCGGAUAUUCAGGAGAUUCCCAAUGACGGCAAUGGAAAGCGAUCGUUCAAUAUUCGCAACAUCUCCGAAGCUGUCAAACCCGCCUUCACAUCUGCCAAUUUCCCCCAUCACCAGGCUACCGGAAGACCCCUUGCAAUUCCGAUUCGUCCCACAUCACAGCCACGAUCUGCCAACCGGCCUGUCCGUCGCACUGCUUCGAUGCCGGAUAUUCUUCGUCCUACAAUUUCCAGCAAUCGACUGGUGCCCACGGUAUCUGCACCCGCCCAACACGAUGCCACAUCGUCGGAAGUUACAAUUGAAGUCCAAACGGGUGAUGUCGUGGAACCUCAGACGCAUUUAUCUCGUACCUCUGCCAUUAUCUUACUGCUCGGGACGACAGGACUAGUCGCAUUAUGUGCCGAGUUCUUGGUCGGCAGCAUCGACUAUUUGAUCGCCAACAGCGGCGUCAGUCAGGCAUUUAUCGGGCUGAUCAUUCUCCCCAUCGUCGGCAAUGCCGCGGAGCACGUGACUGCUGUGACAGUCGCGGCCAAGAACAAAAUGGACCUGGCAAUCAAUAUUGCUCUGGGUAGCAGCAUUCAGAUUGCACUCUUUGUCACUCCCCUCAUGGUCAUCCUGGGAUGGAUUAUCAAGACAGACAUGAGUCUCUACUUCAGCCUUUUCGAAACAGUCAGUUUGUUUGCCAGUGCCUUUAUCGUCAGCUUUCUGAUGAUCGAUGGCCGGAGCAAUUAUCUGGAGGGGGCAUUGCUGAUUGCAGCAUACGUUAUCAUUGCGGUUGCUGCUUUCUUCUAUCCCACUUGUGAUCUGAGUUCCGCGAGUGGUCCACUCGAUGGCACCAAUCCACAGUGCUAA